ACCUCACUUUUCUCUAGGCAGACAGACGUUAACAACCAUAACCUCCAAACCAACCACCCAUUCCCUCCCACCCUGCCUACAGUAUCAUGGCCACUUCCUCUCCUUCCUAUUCCUCCCUCAUUCCCCCCAUCCUCCACCGUCCAUCUCCACUCCCCACCCCCUCCUCCGCCGUCCGAUUCCCCGCCCCCGCCCCCUCUCUCCGCCGCCUCCGCAUCACCCACCGCGGCCUCCCCCUCCCCCUCGCCCGAUCCUCCGGUGGCGGCAAUGGCGGCGGGCACGGCGGCGGAGACGGCGGCGGAGGUGGCGGUGAGGAGGAUUUUGGCGGGAAGAAUCGGGCGGAGGCGAUGCUAGUGUUGGCGGAGAUGGGGCGGGGGCUGGAGAGCUUGCCGCAGGACCUCGCGGCGGCGGUCGAGGCCGGGAGGAUCCCGGGGGAGAUCGUGAGACGGUUUGCGGAGCUGGAGAAGUCGCCGGUGCUCCGGUGGCUGCUCCGGUUCGGCGGGUUCAAGGAGCGGCUCCUCGCCGACGAUCUCUUCUUGACCAAGGUCGCCAUCGAGUGCGGAGUGGGGAUCUUCACGAAGACCGCCGCAGAAUGGGAGCGGCGCAGGGACAAGUUUCCGAAAGAACUGGACUUUGUUUUCGCAGAUGUGGUGAUGGCAAUAAUUGCUGAUUUUAUGCUAGUCUGGCUUCCUGCUCCUACUGUAUCGCUUAAACCGCCUCUCGCGUUAAGCGCCGGACCGAUCGCCAAGUUCUUCUACAGCUGCCCCGAUAACGCUUUUCAGGUUGCUUUAGCCGGAACUUCGUACUCAGUUUUGCAGAGAGUUGGCGCAAUUGUGAGAAAUGGGUCAAAGCUUUUCGUUGUCGGAACCGGCGCUUCCCUGAUUGGGACAGGGAUCACAAAUGUCUUAAUUAACAUACGAAAAGCAUUCGACAAGGAUUUCGCUAGUGAAGCAGAAGAUGUCCCGGUUCUUUCGACUAGCAUUGCGUAUGGCGUCUACAUGGCAGUUUCGAGUAACCUUCGGUACCAAAUACUAGCAGGAAUAAUCGAACAGCGAAUGCUGGAGCCGCUGCUGCACAACCGCAAACUCGCACUGAGCGCAAUGUGCUUCGCUGUUCGUACAGGAAACACAUUUCUGGGAUCCUUAAUGUGGGUCGACUACGCCCGCUGGAUAGGGAUUCAGAAGAUCCGCGAGUAGAGCACCUGAAGUGUGCUACUGCUCUCGGGCUCUCGGAUAUUCACAGUUCUACAUUGAAUGAAUUCUUACUCUCAAAAGGUUCCUGGCCACUAGAAGGUUGAUUGCUUUUCUAAAAAAAUUGCCAGUUAUAAAUGGGGACAUAGUUAAUGUACAAUUCUUUUGUCAUUGUUUCUUGGCCCUUUUUGAGUGGUAAUCCACAAUUCCUGAAUCAUGGAAAGUGGUUAACUUGCCUGACUUAAUGGAGUAAAAUUUUCAAUUUAGUUGUAUUGGGAGAAACAUGGUAUGGAUAGGAGGCUGAUAAA